CAGCUUAAAGAGCCAGUCUCUCUGACAGACGGCUGGUCACAGACUCAACCCACAGCUUGUGUCAUCUGUUUGGGAGACGAGGGGAGUUACUCCUCAUUGCUAGCUUCAUUAGCUGCUGCGAGUCGGACAGUGAGGGGUAGGACCGCCAAAUUGGGUCACUGAUAAGAACAUUUAGGAGUUUCUACGUGUUGCUGGACAUUACAGUUCCUUCUUUCGUUCAUUCACAUAACUCGCCCUUUUGACAGUGACUUAGUUUGAAAGCUUAACGCUACCUAUCGGUUCACUAUGGCUGUUUAAACUGAUAGCCUAAGCCAGACUUCUCACAGGUUAGUAGGCAGUCUGCCCCGGGAAUGUAGGUGAACGGUCACGGCAAGUGAAGUGCGUGGAGCCCCGAUAAAAUAACCCUUUUCCCUUUACGAGUGUCCCGGAACAACAAGUGCAAUGUCUCUGGUUUUCACACGACCGAACAGCAACGCUAUUGGCAAGAAGGACAAGAGAUUAAUGGCGGAGGUGAACGCGUCCCCACUCAAGCACUUUGUCACGGCUAAGAAGAAGAUCAACGGAAUCUUCGAACAGCUUGGGGCGUACAUCAAAGAGAGCUCCGCCUUCUUGGAAGAGACGUAUAAAAAUGGGGAGCUGGACCCGGUCACCACUGAGGAGCAGGUGGCAGAGGUGCGGGGUUACCUGUCUAAGGUGGCGGGCAUCGGGGAGGUGCUGGCCCGCAGACACAUGAAGGUCACCUUCUUCGGCAGGACGAGUAAUGGUAAGAGUUCAGUGAUAAACGCCAUGCUGUGGGAUAAGGUGCUCCCCUCUGGUAUCGGUCACACCACCAACUGCUUCCUGCGGGUGGAGGGCACAGACGGCAACGAGUCCUUCCUGCUCACAGAGGGCUCAGAGGAGAAGAAGAGCAUCAAGACGGUGAACCAGCUGGCCCAUGCACUUCAUCAGGACGAGGAUCUGGAUGCUGGCAGUCUAGUGUGUGUGAUGUGGCCGAAAGGCAAGUGUGCACUGCUAAGAGAUGACCUGGUGCUGGUGGACAGCCCUGGUAUUGACGUCACCACUGAGCUGGAUAGCUGGAUAGACAAGUUCUGCCUGGACGCUGACGUCUUUGUGCUGGUGGCCAACUCCGAGUCCACCCUCAUGCAGACCGAGAAGUCAUUCUUCCACAAGGUGAACGAGCGCCUGUCUUGCCCCAACAUCUUCAUCCUCAACAACCGCUGGGACGCCUCUGCCUCCGAACCAGAGUACAUGGAGGAGGUGAGAAGGCAGCAUAUGGAGCGCUGCACUAGUUUCCUGGUGGAUGAGCUGAAGGUGGUGGAUCGCGCUCAGGCCAGCGAUCGCAUCUUCUUCGUCUCGGCCAAGGAGGUCCUACAGGCCAGAGUGCAGAAAGCACAGGGCAUGCCUGAAUCAGGUGGCGCUCUAGCAGAAGGUUUCCAGGCUCGGAUGUUUGAAUUCCAGAACUUUGAGAGGCGCUUUGAGGAGUGUAUUUCCCAGUCAGCCGUAAAGACCAAAUUUGAGCAGCACACAGUGCGGGCGAAACAGAUCUCUGAGGCCCUGCGUCUCAUCAUGGACUCCGUACACGUGGCAGCACAGGAGCAGAGGGUCCACUGCUUGGAGACGAAGGAGGAGAGGGAGGACCGGCUGGAGUUCAUCGACAAGCAGCUGGACCUCCUCACACAGGACUGCAAGAGCAAGAUCAAGAAGAUCACUGACGAGGUGGAGAAACAGGUGUCCAAUGCUAUGGCGGAGGAGAUCAGGCGCCUGUUCGUGCUGGUGGAUGAGUUCCACAUGGACUUCCACCCCGCUCCUGUAGUGCUCAAGGUCUACAAGAACGAGCUUCAUCGGCACAUAGAGGAGGGCCUGGGCAGAAACAUGUCGGAGAGAUGCACCACUGCCAUAACGGGUGCCCUUCAGAACACACAGACUGAGAUGAUCGACGGUCUGAAGCCGCUGCUGCCUGUGCAGGUGCGUGAGCAGGUGGACAAGAUUGCGCCGCGUCAGUGUUUCAGCCUGUGCUACGACCUCAACUGUGACAAGCUGUGCGGAGACUUCCAGGAGGACGUCAGGUUCCACUUCUCCCUGGGCUGGACCAUGCUGGUCAACAGGUUCCUCGGACCCAAGAACACACGCCGCGCACUCAUGGGCUACAACGAUCAGGUCCCGCGGCCCAUGGCUCUUACCCCGAUCAGCACCAGCAUGCCCCCCUUCCCUCAGGGCUCCGUCACCCAGGAGGAGCUCAUGGUCUCCAUGGUAACGGGCCUGGCAUCACUGACCUCGCGCACCUCUAUGGGCAUCAUCGUGGUGGGAGGCGUGAUCUGGAAGGCGGUGGGCUGGCGUCUCAUAGCCCUGUCGGUGGGCCUGUACGGGCUGAUGUACGUGUACGAGCGCCUCACCUGGACCACCAAGGCCAAGGAGCGCGCCUUCAAGAGGCAGUUUGUGGACUACGCCAGCGAGAAGCUCCAGCUCAUCGUCAGCUACACAGGCUCCAACUGCAGCCACCAGGUCCAGCAGGAGCUGGCGAGCACCUUUGCACAGCUGUGCCAGCAGGUUGAUGUGACGAGGCAGAAUCUGGAGGAUGAGAUUCAGGACAUGAACAAGCAGAUCGAGCAGCUGGACACCCUGCAGAGCAAAGCCAAGCUGCUGAGAAAUAAAGCAGGCUGGCUAGACAGUGAACUCAACAUGUUCACCCAGCAGUACCUGCAGCAGGGGCGAUAAGAGAAGACUGAAGACUGAACGAGAGAAAAAGAAGAAGAAGAAGAAGAA